AUGUUUUUGUAUGCCGCUAACUUGUGUUCUGGAAAGAAGAAUCAGGAAGUGGAUACCCUUAACCAUUCAAAACCAUAUACUGAAUAUGCUCAUCCUCUUGUGGAAACUCUUAAAUCUGAGUUGCAAAGAGUGAGAGAUGAGAAUAACGCUCUAAGACUGAUGUUUGAAGUUCUAAGCAGCAAGUACACUAAGCUUGAGUCUUAUCUUCAAGAGAUAGACAAAAAGCCAGAUAAGGGCAUAAGUUCAAAUGAAAUAGAGUCAGUGCCUACUUUUGAUGCAAACAAGAGAUCGAGACUAGAGUUUCCUACUGCAAAAAAACCACUUCAAAUCUUUGUCAAAACACACCCCAGGGAUGAUAGUUUGAUAGUAAAAGAUGGAUAUCACUGGAGGAAGUAUGGACAGAAGGUCACCAAAGACAAUGCUUCUCCCAGAGCUUACUUCAGGUGCUCCAUGGCUCCCAUUUGCCCCGCCAAAAAGAAGGUGCAAAGAUGUUUACAUGAUAAAUCUAUCCUUGUUGCAACUUAUGAUGGAGAGCACAACCAUGGUGCGCUUCAUGAGUCAUCUUCAUCCGCACCAAACGGCAUAUCAGUGGCUAAUCAGUUGCCUCUAACAAGCAUAGCAAAUGACAAAGAAGCGAUGAACAUUGACUUGGCUCUUUCUGGGUGGUCUCAAACAGAUAGGAGACAUAGUGAAGACGUAAUGCACCAGCAUAACUAUGACAGCACCCUCAAAGUUGAAGAGUAUGUAAGUUCUCUAAUCAAAGAUCCUGAGUUCACCAUGUCAUUAGCUGAAGCAGUUGCCCGCACCAUCACUGGCCAGCACAAGCAGCAAGAUCUAAACCUCAAUUUGAAUAUUCCAGAAGAGUGA